CAGCAUUUCUGGUUGCCAGUGUAAAUACAUGCCAUUAUAUUUAGAACAUUUUGACAUGUUUUUCAGGUGUUCUGACAGCUAUUUCUACCAAUGCUUUAAUGGAACAGUUGCGUUUAAAAUAUCAACAAAGGCCAUGGACUGAAACUCUAAAACUUGUUUAUUUUUGCAUGGGUAACCCACAUCGAAAGCCUGUCAGUAAUGCUCCAGAUGGUCUAUUGCUUUCCUGCAUGGAGAAGAUAGAGAGGACAUUAAAUGCUAAAUCCAUGUUUUCUGUGAUGAAUGCAUUGGAACUUUUAUCCAGACAAAAAGGACUUACUGUUCAUGUUAGCCCCAGUGGAACUGCCUGCUACAUAACAUCAAUGAUGUUUUAUGUAGAAAUUCAGCUGGAGAAGGAUGGAGAUGUGAUGGAUGUAAAGCUGGCUCACUUUGAAGAAGCUCCUGUGGUUUGUGAUGACUUGGUCCAGCUACUAAGGAUGAAGAACUAUGAUGCCUUUGGCAAGAUUCUAGAAGACCUGUCAAAUAUGUAUCAAAUUCCAGGAAACAGUGAAAUGAAAGCUAAGGGAUAUCUUGCUUUGCAGGCCCUUGAAAAAGAUCUUUAUUCAAUGUCUCUUCUGGACAGAACACAGGAUCUAAACAGAGUUACUGAAGUACUUAAUGGAAAAGUAGGACACCUGGUGCCAAGAACUGGAGGAACCCCAAUGAACAUUGAAUUCUACAUUUCUCCCUAUCAAGUUUUGGAAGCAGAACUAAAUCAUGGUUCCCAGGUAUGUGGAACAAAAACAGUUGUAACUAUUGAAGGCAUGGAUACACUCCACAAACUGCCUCUUUCUCCAUUAAUUGUAGAUCCUCAAGCUGGAGAGGACAGCAGCCUUGUUUUUUUGCAACUGACUGAUGAACUCAGCAUGGAUUUGCCAGCUCUUUUUGUUCUGAAGUUUCAUCAACCUGUUCCAAUGUCUUCAUCCAGUAUUGAAGAGAUACAGAGGCUCACAGGAAUUCAGAUUUCUGGCUUGAAACUAGCUCCACUGUAUGAGCUAAUUGUUCAGUCUACUCUUAAAGAAAAAUGCAGUGAAGACUUGUCUACAAAUAAAUCUUGUUUCUUUGUGUCUCUUCCAGAUUGCCCAAAGCACUGUUACUUCAUAAACAAGGGUUCAGAAAAAUCAGAUUUAGCAGGAGCUUUGGUCAGUAAAAUCCCAUUUAGCCAUCCAAAGUGCGUGCCUGGCGUAAUAGAGAUUCUUCGACAUCAAGUGGCAUAUAACACUCUUAUUAGCAGCUGUGUCUCUGAGAAGCAUAUAAAUGAAGAUGAUUCAGAACUGCUUUACUUUGAAGUGGUACCACACAAGAACACCAGCUUUUCUGUCUUUUUCCUUCAUCCUGUGAAAGAGAAUUUAGCCUGUGUGGUAAUUGAUGUUAUAAGCUCUAGAGAAGUCCAAUGUCACCUUCAUUUAAAUCCUCAAGAUCCAACUCUAAAUUCUAGUGAUGACUUCAUAGCAAGAGUUGUGAAACGUUGCAUGUCAGUCCCAGUUGUCAUGAGAGCUCUUUUCAGGAAUGCUGCCAAGGUGAAAGCUGACAGUGCAACACAAGACAUGGACAUGGAACAACAACCUGAACCACAAUCGGAGCAAACUACAGAUUCUAACAGUCUCAAAGAAAGCCUUUCUGGGGCCGGUCAGCAAGACUGGACAGUGACAGACAAGCCAAAUAAUACAGACAGCACAGAAGAAAAUUUCUCUACAGCCAAACUGGAAACUCUGGGUGAUAACAUGGAAAAAAAGUAACCUCUCACUAUGCACUGAAACUUCGUGGAGGAAAGUAAUUCCAUAGCUGGUACAGAAGUGAUAUGAUAGACAAAAACCUGAUGGCUUUACAAACAACAACAACAAAAAAGUCUACUUAGUAAUUUGUGAAUUGUAUCUCCUCUUUGCAAACUUUUACAUAUGGGAAAGUAGUUCCCUUGAAUCUGCAUUUUUAAACAUCCAAAUCUGUAAAGUCUAAAACUGUUCUAUUAUUUUGUCUUGUUACUGAAAACCUCAAAAAUUGUCUUGGUAAAUAAGAUUCCCUCUAACACUGUUUUUUUAUUGUUAGAAGGGAAGGCAUUACUUUAUUCUUGGUCAAGAGAUGUGUGUGGCUGACAAAGUUCCAGCCUCAGUGUUGACCCUGCUACAAAACUCUUUCACUUAUUUAUGCAUUUUUAGCAAACAAAGACAUUAAUGUUCAUUGGUUUAAUUAGUAUUCUAUACCCUGUUAGUUAUUGAUUUCUUUCUCUUCAUGCUAAUCCGGUCCUCAUCCUUUUAUCUUUUUCUCAGUCUCCAACUUUCCAGGCCUUAAUCUCCUCUCUAUCUUCUGGUUACUCUAAUGUCCUUGAAUGGCCAUAAAUUUAAGAUCCCAGAUGCCAAAUCUUCUAAUUCCCUUGGCUUUGUUUAUUGCAGAUUGUUACGCUUGGUUUUAACAAUCUUAAGGUUUCAGUGAUUUAAUGAUCUUAGUAGGUCUGUGAAGAAACUUAACUGGUGUUGGCUAAAAGUGGGUACUGCUUACAAUUGGUUAAAACAACUAUUAAAAAUUAGUUAGGUAAGUUAUAUAACUUCCAACACUGUCUGCACCAUAUAUACUAUCAGACUAUGGAAGAAAUCUGUGUCUAACACACAUGAUACAGUCUGUAACACAACACAGGCAUUUGAAGAAAAG